AUGAAAGAUAACUUGACAGAAGCCAGUACUCGUGUCACCAAAGGCAAUGCAAAAUUCACAAUGGCAACAAAGAAAGAUGAUGUGAGCAAAGCGAGAACUUGUGUCACCAAAGGCAUUUCAAUUGGCAAAAAUCCAACUAAUUCAUCCUCUUUUAAGGGAAGAAAUGAUUUCUCUGAGGCCAUUGGGAAGUUAAAAGAACUUUCUGUGAAUCCAUCUUCACAGGACGUUCCAAGGAAAAGCUGUGAGCCAAAUUUACUGGACGAUGAGCUGAUGGAGUUUUUAGGAGAGCUUCACGACCAUGAACUUUGCUGCAAGAACCCAAGGAAAAGGAUGGGAGAUUCAUCGAGUUCAUUUAAUCUUCUUAAUCACCCUGUGCAGCGUUUGGAACAAUUAAAAGAACAGAGAAAGCUGUUCAAGGCUUCAGAGGAGAGAGCGGCUUUGGAAAUUGAAGACCUGCUUCGCGACAUGUCUCCUGUUCAAAUACCCAAAUAA